AUGACUCAAGACACUCCUAAGGCUGAGGGCAUUGUCCUCUUCGUCGACAUUGACAACACGCUCUACAGCAAGGAUAAGGGCGUGGACGCUCUCAUGGGCGAGCGAAUUAACAACUACUUCCAAACCAAACUCGGUCUGGACAAGGAACAUGCCACAGAGCUUCACCAUCGAUACUACAAAGAGUACGGAAUCGCUCUGGACGGUCUGCUGAGACACCACAAUAUUGAUAUUGACGAAUACAACCGGCUCGUGGAUGACUCUUUGCCUCUAGAUAAGAUCCUCAAGAGAGAUGAGCCUCUCAGACAAAUGUUCCAACGUCUGGACAGAACCAAGGUCUCUAAGCUCUGGCUGUUUACCAACGCCUACAAGACCCACGGAGAGCGAGUAGCCAAGCUGGUUGGCGUGGAUGAUCUCAUCGACGGGCUCACAUACUGCGACUAUUACCACACUCCACUUCACUGCAAGCCAAAGCCCGAGGCUUUUGAGAAGGCUAUGAAACAGGCAGGUGUCACAGACAAGAGCAAAUGCUGGUUCGUGGAUGACAGUGCCCUGAAUAUCAAGGCUUCGAAGAAGUUCGGAUGGGCAGAGAACGCGUAUCUGCAUUACCCUGGAGCUCCUGAGAUCCCUGCAGGAACACCAGGUGUCGUGGAGAUCUCCCAUAUUGAAGACCUUCCCAAGGUCUGGCCCGACCUCUUCCUUCCCGAGCCUGUUAAGAACACCAACGGCACCAUCAACGGCACCACCAACGGCACCACCAACGGUACCACCAACGGCAUUAUCAACGGCACCAAUGGAGGUAUCAACGGCGAUGGAACCAACGGAAGCACCAACGGCGGUAACCCCCCUUCCUGA